AUGGCGGAGAAUGAAACACUGGAGUGUAUAACGGAACACGAGCGGAUUCUCCAGGAAAUAGAGAGUACGGAUACGGCUUGCGUCGGUCCCACGCUUCGAUCAAUUUACGAUGACCAGCCAAAUGCCCACAUGCGCUUCAUGGAGAAGCUGGAUGCCCGGAUAAGGAAUCAUGACCGGGAGAUUGAGAAGAUGUGUAAUUUCCACCACCAAGGUUUCGUGGAUGCGAUCACAGAGCUCCUCAAAGUCCGCAUGGAUGCAGAGAAACUCAUGGGCCAAGUGACAGACACCAAUCGAAGACUACAAGAAGCUGGGAAGGAGGUGACAGCUCAAACUGGCGAGGUUAUUCGUUGCCGGAUCCAGCAGAGGAACAUGGCCACAACUGUGGAGAAACUCCAGCUCUGCAUUCCAGUGCUAGAAAUGUACAGCAAACUAAAGGAGCAACUGGAGUCUAAAAGAUACUACGCUGCACUGAAAACCAUGGAACAAUUGGAGAAGGUCUACAUUCCUCGGGUAAGCCAAUACAGGUUCUGUCAGAUCAUGGCUGAAAACCUGCCCAGGCUGAGGGAGGAGAUUAAGGAGAUCUCCAUGUCUGACUUAAAGGACUUCCUUGAGAGCAUAAGAAAACACUCAGAUAAAGUUGGAGACACCGCAAUGAGACAGGCACAACAACACAGAACCUUUAACAGUGCAGUAGCAAAGCAGGCCAAUGUGGGCCACUACACUAAGCCUUUGUACUCUCUCAAUGGGCAAACACACACGCACACCAGUCUCAUGAUGGACGAUGACGCAGAAGAUGAGGACGAUGCUGAUGAGGAGAUUCUUACAGCUCAGGAUCUUGUGGAUUUCUCACCUGUUUACAGGUGUUUACACAUUUAUGCUGUGCUGGGAGACCGAGAAACAUUUGAGAAUUACUACAGGAAGCAGAGGAAAAAGCAGGCUAGGCUAGUUCUGCAGCCACAGGCUAACAUGCAUGAAACGGUGGAGGGCUAUAGAAGAUACUUUAAUCAAAUUGUAGGGUUCUUUGUUGUCGAGGACCAUAUUCUCCAUGCAACUCAAGGGUUGGUGACCAGAGCUUUCACUGAUGAACUAUGGAACAUGGCCCUGUCAAAGAUCAUCGCUGUGCUUCGCACACACUCUUCUUACUGCGAGGAUCCAGACCUGGUCCUGGAGCUGAAGAACCUAAUUGUCAUCUUUGCAGACACACUACAGGGUUUUGGUUUCUCUGUGAAUCGGCUAUUUGACCUGCUGUUUGAGGUCCGAGACCAGUACAAUGAAACUCUACUAAAAAAGUGGGCUCUGUUAUUCAGGGAGAUCUUUGAAUCGGACAACUACAGUCCCAUACCAGUGGAUACGGAGGAGGAGUAUAAACUGGUGGUCAGCCGCUUCCCGUUUCACGAUGCAGAGAUAGAGAAGCAGGAUUUCCCCAAGAAGCUGCCAAUGUCCCAGUCUGUACCACAGAUAUAUAUGCAAGUAAAAGAGUUCAUUUAUGCCAGCCUCAAGUUCUCUGAAUCCCUUCACCGAAGCUCAACAGAGAUUGAUGAUAUGUUGCGGAAAUCAACUAACCUGCUGCUGACAAGAACACUCAGCAGUUGUCUGCAAAACCUCAUCAAGAAGCCAUACAUCGGGUUGACUGAGUUGGUGCAGAUUAUCAUCAACACCACCCACUUAGAGCAGGGCUGCAGGUACCUUGAGGAAUUUAUCACAAAUAUCACCAACGUGUCUCCUGAAACGGUGCACACAACAAGACUCUACGGCUUGUCCACUUUUAAGGAUGCCCGUCAUGCUGCAGAAGGUGAAAUCUAUACCAAACUAAACCAGAAAAUUGAUGAGUUUAUCCAGCUGGCAGAUUAUGAAUGGAGCAUGGCUGAGUCUGACGGUCGAGCCUCAGGUUACCUCAUGGACCUGAUAAAUUUCCUCCGAUCCACAUUUCAAGUCUUCACACACCUCCCGGGUAAAGUGGCCCAGACAGCUUGUAUGUCAGCUUGCAAGCAUCUGUCCACAUCCUUGAUGCAGAUGCUGCUGGACACAGAACUGAAGCAGAUCAGCAUGGGCGCGAUUCAGCAAUUCAACCUAGAUGUCAUUCAGUGUGAAUUGUUUGCGAGCUCCGAGCCAGUCCCAGGCUUCCAAGGAGACACAUUGCAACUGGCUUUUAUCGACUUAAGACAGCUCCUGGACCUGUUCAUGGUGUGGGACUGGUCUACUUACCUCGCAGACUACGGUCAGCCAACCUCCAAGUACCUUAGAGUAAACCCAUCCACAGCCCUGACUUUACUUGAAAAGAUGAAAGACACCAAUAAGAAGAACAAUAUCUUUUCUCAGUUCAGGAAGAACGACAGAGACAAACAGAAGCUGAUAGAGACUGUAGUCAAGCAGCUAAGGAGCCUGGUCAAUGGCAUGUCCUCCUAA